GACAAACGGCGGCGUGCAGCUCUUUCGAUCGUGCAUUUUCGUUUCUCAAUUUUGCGUCCCCCGUCGCUAUUAGACUCCCCGGCUCGGUAACACGCGUUCGCGUUCAUUCCUUCUCCACGUGGCGCAAAUUUUUUCCACACACACGUACAUACACAUUCGACACCUCGGCGAACUGCCGACAGCGACGCGCUAUAACCUCUUAUCCUAACAAUCAUUGCGUGUGCUCGCUCUCGCCGGCGCGAUAAUGGCAAUGAACGAGGAGUUCAAUUUCAAUGAGCUUUGCAGGCUCUGCUCAUUGAAGGGCAAUCAUCCAUUUCAAAUAUUCGACAAGGAAGGCGAACAGCGACAGCUGCUCUUCAAGAUACAUUCUUGUAUUCCCGCUGUGAUAACAAAAGAAGAUGCCCUGCCAAAAUAUAUCUGUCAAAAGUGUGUCCAUAAAAUAGAUAUGUUCUAUGAGUUUCGUGCUAGCUGCAUGGCCACGAACACAGUGCUGAAGAAUUACGCUGACAGUAUAAAACAUCUCGCUGUAGCAGUUAGUAAUCAAGGCGCAGACAAAGACAAGAUGUCAAACAACGGGCAGCAGCAGCGCUCGUCCUACGUCGAAGCGCAUGCUGUGGCGCACGCGGCAUUGCAGCAACACAUGGCCCAACAGGCCGCACAAGCGAGGCUAACCGGACCCGGGCCACCCGCCGCCCCGCAACCUUCAAACCCCACGUUCACUCUGCCCGACGACGGACUCGGCUACGACGACGGAGUGCGGGUACUGCGUUCCAUCGGGACGUGGUCGCCGGAUUAUCCUGCCGCGAUGCGCCCCGGCGUGAUGCCCGCAUUCCCCGGCGCAACGGACCCGCAGUUCGGCAAUAGAGCUCCCGUGGUGAAUCAGCCCUUACGCACAACGAACAACGUACAGGUUCGCCCGGGUUCCGUCUCGAAGGCGACCAACACGGGCGAACCUACUACGAAAGCGUUCGCUUGCACCGUGUGCGGAAAAGGACUCGCGCGUAAGGACAAACUCGUCAUACACAUGCGCAUACACACCGGGGAGAAGCCGUAUACCUGCGAAGUGUGCGGAAAAGCGUUCUCGCGUCGAGAUAAAUUGGUCAUUCACAUGAACAAGCUUAGACACAGACCCGGCGUCGCUGCUCUAUCGACGCCUACCGCUCCGAGCUCCAAUCAACAGCAUCAGCAGCAGCAACAACAGCCGCCACCUCGCCAAGAUGCCAUUCACAAACCGAAGGAGGAGCCGGUGAGCUUCGCCUGCGACUUGUGCGGCCGAUCGUUCGCCUCCAGAGAGGAGUGGAUGCAGCACGCUCGAUCUCAUCUGGAUACAUCUGCGCCGCCGCAGCACGCCGCUCAUUAUUUCACCGGCUCCGCGCCGCCGCCGCAGCCCUACACCUCCGAGAGGCAUUUCUGUCUAGUAUGCCGCACCGACUUCACGGAUAAGACCGAAUUCAUGUUCCACGUGCGCAACCACUUCGGGGCGUCGCAGGCGGCAGCGCAGCAGCAAGGCGGCGCGAACGGUAAACAGGGCAACGAUCCAGCGGCAGCCGAUCUCAUCGCCCGCGGACUCGUUGAUCCCACCGGCUUAUGCAGCUAGAAUUACUCCUCCUGCCAUUACGUACCGUCGAUCCGUGUCUUACCAUAGUACAAGUUUUCUCUCUGCUCCAUCUCGACCAGAUCUUUCGCAUUAGAAUGUCAUGGAUAUUGUGAUUGUAAUGAUAUAUGUAUAACUGAUUUGUCGAUAGUAGAGAUACGCAGUAGUAUGAAUUCAGUUGCGCGAAUACAAGUUUGGAUUGGUUGCUACUCGUUUGUCUGAUUGAUUUUCUAUGUCACAACGUGCACGGUGUGACUACGCGACUCUGAAUCUCUCACGAGGUCCCCCCCCCCCAUUGUUCUCGUAAGAUCUUUACUGAGAUUCUCUUAUAAUUGUAUCGUGAUAGAAUUUUUUUUUUUUUUUAUAAUUCGUAGUAUAACUAUUGCACCAAACAACGUCGACUGGCUUUAUCGUGCGGAUUGAGUGCUUUCCAUUUAUCGACGCAAGUUCACUUCUAGUAUAUUAUUUUUGCUUUUUAUUUAAUUUUUGUCACUGUGUGUAUCGGCUUGACUUAACUUCGAUUAACUCUGUUUUGAAUGUGUGCUGAGCGAAUCUGAAAGGGAGAAGGGAGAAAUCGGAGUUUUGAACUAUCAAAAAGGUGGGCAAUUUUCUAUAUUUCUAUGUAAAAUUCUUUUUUCCAGUCUAUGAAAAUGAAGAUUUACGUGCUUCUCCUUGUCGCUUACUCGAAGUUAUGCGCAUCAUCUUUCGUGUAUCUUAAGUGCUUUUUAUUUAUUGUACUGGAGUUAUCGAUUCGAGCUAACAUAAAUCGGCACAAGAUCGCCGAAAGACAAGUAAAUGGGAAACACUCGUCAGCGUUUUAACGUUAAAAAAAUAUAAAGUGAAAGAUAAAUACAGCACUCGUUGAUCAUAACGGCGAUCCGCUUAAUCUUUUUGUGAUAUUUGACUCAAGAUAUUAUUAAUCUGUGGACGCGCGAGUGUAAUAGUUCUCUUUUGAAAUCGAGCUUCGAGAUGUAUUAAGAAAAAUCUUAUCCUUCCAAUUUUAACUAAACAUAUGUUGCAACGUUGGGUAUUUAAGUAUGAAUUUAAUUAUAAACUUUUAACAAAACGAUUUUAUACAUUUAAUUUUAUGAAUCUUCAGAGAAAUUGUGACAAUCUCGCUUCAUAUAACUUAUUAACGUAUACGUAUAAUUAAUUAUUACAGAAAUGGCAGUUUACUUACAUCAUAACAUGUAUGUGACAUAUCAUGGACAACGGUUUUACGAAUCUAUUAAUUUUGAAAAUACUACUGUGUACCUCUUAAUACAAUGUAAGACCUAUGUUAUCAAGAAAAAACGAGAUUUAGGUGCCGACGCGAUAUUGAUUUAUGGUAACAGAGCGCACUAUUGCGUCAGUACCUAAAAGCGACUUACUUAAUAGUAAACGUUCCUACAUAGCUAGCUUCCCGUCAUUUGUAGAUACCAGUAGUAUCUGAUGUAAAAGGUUUGUUCCCAAUGCCAUUAUAUUUUUUUAUAUGCAUAUGUCUGUAUGUGUUUGGCCGACGCACUGCAACGUUAUUAUUAUUUAGAGAAUUUAUUAUUUCAGCGCUAUUGUUCUUCCAGACAUGUAUUGAAAUUGUACGGGAAUUGUAACGAAUUGUAUAUUGUCAAGGUUGAGUAAAUUAAGACCCGCUAAUGCGCCAAUGUGAGUCGAACGCAGGAUAAUAAUACGUGUGACAGGAUGAGAAGAAAUAUUUCGAUGCUCGGUUUGCAUAUCGAAAGCAUUUUCAAUCUGCAAACAAUAUAUACUUAUGCACUUGUAUUAAGCGUUUGUAAUUUUGCGCCCGGCUCAGAUUGAAGUAAUUUACGUAUUUUCACAGUUUACUCAAGUUUGAUCUUGCAAUGAGCGAUUGUUUUACCUUUAGGAUUAUUAUCGGUCAAUUCUUACAUCUGUAUCAUUAAUAUUUCUGUAUUAUUAUUCAGCAAAUCGAUCGUAUUUUAUAUUAAGUUUGUUUAAAUUCAUUCUACGUCAGCGUUAUUCGUUGGCUGUUUAUCCGCAUGUGUUAAGACGCGCUAACGUCUCGUACGGUGGUUUUCCCCGAAACUUUGUACGAUCUUCCAAAGACAGUGUGUUUCGAGUGCAUUGUCCGUUCGCACACCAAACGUAGGUUGCCGCGGCGAUACAGCAUGAUCGUUGGCGUCGUGCGACUCAACUUCGGGAACGAAGCUUACGUUGAGAGGCAACUUGAAGCGGCAAAUGUAUGCUUUAAUUACGAGCGCGCACUUCUUCAAGCCAGCAGACGUCAGUCAACGUUCGCAACGUCGUCUUUUAUUCGAUAUCCGAAACGAACAGCUCGACGCUCAGAGAACUGUCGCGUAUCAUCGAUCGGUUUUUAGCGCGGUUUUAAGAUUGUUUUUCGCUGUUUCUCUCCCUCUCGAUGUGCUUGUCUCUUAUUGUUACGAUUAUCCUUGUUACCUGAAGCGUAAUGUACUGCACGUACUUAGUCGGGGAUUAAGGAAUCCACAUUUUUAUUUAGUUAUUACACGUACGAGAGAGAAACACACGUUUAUCGCGAGCGCGCGAUUGUAAACUUCGGUCACUUACUCACGUGAGAUUACACGCGCGUAAACGUUAGCAGCGUUGCGAGGUGGUGAAGCACGAAGUAGGCCUCCACUUCUCGAACUCGACUCCCAUAUAUUUUAUCUCGAAUUUCGGAUGAGUCGCGAUACGAGCUCGGAGACGCGAGUCUCUGUUUCAUCGUUCAAGGAGCGCGAAACGAAUACGUAGAUAUAUACAAAUAUAUCCACUUGAUCGCAACGGAAACUUUUAGCGACAAUAAUCGUUCGGGUUUCCUUCCGGAAGCCGGAUACGUGCGUGUCAACGUGUAUCGACAUAGAUUCGGGCGUCUUUGAAAAUGUGUGCGUUUGCAUUGUGAACGAAUUGUAUCUUCCAGAAGAGAGGAGAAAAAAGUCCGAUGGGAUCCGCUUUGUUACAACGCGCUUGAAACCUUCUUCUCGUCUACCUAGAGAGUAGUGUCCUGUAAGAUUAAUCGAUAGAGAGCGCGCGCUAAGAACGCGAGAGACUGCCGUGCCUCCUGUCCCACGUACAAAUCCGCUUCCGGGUUGUUUUCCAUUUUCGACGAUCGCUUUUAGAACUUUUACCGUGCCUCUGCGUGAUGCGAAUCAAAAGAAGAAAAAAAAAAGAGAAAAAGAAGAAGGGACAGUCGGACAGCCUAAUGCUGAGCGUAUAUUUUGUGUAACAUUUACAACUACGUCAUAGAAGUAAUCACCGCGACAAUAGCGACCGUCUUAGAGACUACCUACUGCCGUGCGCAAAACUAACUACGGGAACGUUUCGAGUUUUUUACCUAAACUUACAUCUCCCCCUCUCUCUCCCUCUCUCUAUAGUGUAGUGAAAUUAAUAAGAUAGUCUCGUGCGCUUGGCGCCAGGCCGAUUUUACUUUGCGACGUUUAUCUAUAUUAUGUGCGUGUCAAGUGGUGGUUGUUGCCUGCAUACUGAUACGAAGAGUGCAAUCAAAUUUAAAUCAAUGCCUUUCGCCUUUGGAGUUAACCGAUAUUUGACCGAUGCUCGCAAUUUAGGAGGGAAGACGAAUAGUCGAAGUACUUACUCGCCGAUCGAUUAUGAUCGAGUCUUUCAUUGGUGGCGUUUCAUGGAGAACAAUGAGAGCUCCCCCCCUUCCCCUCUUGUCCUCUCUUCCUCUCUUUCUCUCUCCCGACUUGGAUUUGUUUUCUCUCGAGGAAGUUUUUGUACAGAAAGGAACGAAGAAAAAAAAAAGAAAAGAAAAACGACGACGCGUCCGAGUAAAACGUAAUAAAAAGAAAAACGCUGAUAUUUUCGGUGGCGGUGAUGUGACGUGCUCUCGCGAGCUGAAGAUUCGGAAGAAUAGACGUAUAGUGCCUUUUCUCUGGGACUUAUCCACACCAUCGUCAUUUGAAUUCACGUGUUAGGGAGGCACACCGGCAUAAAUAAAUGAAGUAUUGGAAUAAGAUAGACGAUAUAGACGUAAGAGACGGCGUUUUCAUUCGAUUCUUUUCGUCCUUCCGUUAUACGAGGAGUGAAUGUUCGAUGCCACUGCCUCUAUAGCAGCUGUUUUAGACUACUUUUAUACUGUUGAUGUCACGCGCAGCUAAUCAGAGUCAGUAUAUUACUGCCAUAAUUAUGGAACAGAAUGUAUACUCAAUAUACCUUUAUAAA